UGCUAGCUAGCAAAAACUAGUGCUAGUACAAACCUUUGUUUGAACCAGUAGAGAUAAAAUUUUUUUGAUUUCUUUUUCUUUAUGGAUUUAGAGAACUGUUCGGUUUCUAGUUCGUUGUCGCCAUCGCCGAGUUCCGCGGCCGAGGUUUCCGAUGAUCGGCUGGUGGAAAUGGAGCUGGAGGCGGCGGAGGCCUUGGCGGAUUUGGCGCAUUUGGCGAUGAGAGAAAGUGGCGGUGGUGGAACAGUCACGAAUUGGGGCUUGAAAGGGAAACGAGUCAAGAGCGACUCACUAUCACCGCCAGGUCCUUCCGGGAUGAAUUUGACCCCGAUUGACCCGGUCCAACACUGUUCUGAUCCGGCUGAACAGGAUCAAGUAGAAUUGGAUCAGGAGCGGGAUGAAACAGUGUGUAGCAAUGUAAUAAUUAAACAAAUAAAAGCUGAGAAAGAAGCUGAACCAAGUUCUGUAUGUUCCACAAGAUACACAUCAGUAGGUGGUGGUGGUAGGUCAAGACAAAAUCUAACCGAGGCUGAGAAGGAAGCUCGGAGAGUACGUAGAGUAUUAGCAAACAGGGAAUCAGCUAGGCAGACGAUUCGUCGCAGACAGGCUCUGUGUGAAGAGUUGGCCAGAAAAGCUGCUGAUUUGGCAAGGGAGAAUGAGAGUUUAAAGAGAAAGAAAAAGGAUAUGGCUUCUAAAGAAUACAAGUAUCUGGAGACUAUAAAUAAGCAUUUGAAGACACUGACGGCCAAAGCAUUAAAAUCACAGGUUGACAAAUUCUCAGGAGAGCUGAAGUCAGCCCAUGCUGAGAUGUCUGUCUCUCCUUCUGCAAACUGUCCGAUGCUCUUGUAUAACCACCAUCCUUUUCCACCGGUUGGCUGGCCUUAUAUUAUUAAAGAUUCACAUCCACUCCAAUCAGGACAUGGGCUGCAGAACCCUGUCAUUAUUCCAUCGAACAUUCCAACCCCUGUUGUUCGUAAGCUUGAUUCUCAGGAUCAAGAGAACCCUAUAAAUAUUAAUACUAUGGGAGCUCCGUUUUACAUUGUGCCAUGCCCUUGGUUUGCCCCUCAUGGUAAUGGAUUCCAUGCUCAACCUCCUGAUAGCCAGAAAAUUGUGCAAGAUGAAACUUCAAGGCAUAAUGGAUAUGAUGGUUUUUCAUCAUCACAAAGUUUCACAAAUAUGGAGAAACCUUUGUACCGUGCAAAAGCUAACAAUGAGGUUUCUGAUUCAACUGAAGUUAGAACCCCUACUGAUCUUAAAAAUAUUCCAGUUGAGUUUUCUCUCAGUAAAGGUGGUCAGCGUAAUGGGCCUCUCCCAAGAGACGCAACUUUUACACCAGCACUGCCAGGUUCUGUUGGAGGAACGUCUAUUGUCAAUCAUGGGCCAGAUUACACUUGCAAUACUGAAGCUAUUUCUGUGAAAGCAAAUCAUAUUGCAAAUGCUUUGCCGGAGAAGAGACAACAGGUAGCCAACUAUCCAAGUCAGAAAGUAGCGGAUGCAAUUGCUGCAGCUGAGGCACGGAAGAGAAGAAAGGAACUUACAAAACUGAAACACCUUCAUGGUCGUCAAUGUCGAUUGCACUGUUGAGCUUAUUGGCCAACAUUUUGGUUGGCACCAAGUUUAAAAGGAAUUCUUAUAAGCUUUUGACUCCUGUUAUAUUCAUCUUGAAACAUUCUAGAUGACAAUGGGUGCUCAUCUCCGACAGCAUGGUUCAGGUUUGAGGCUCUAUCUAUUUCUCUAAAUAUUUUGAAAGGCGGAAGAGGACUAAAGUUUUAGGUCUUGGUAGCUUAUUUCUUUGAGUUAGAAGAUUAAGUUGUUGUAAGUUAACAGAUUGGUGCUGCCAUUUUGAUGUGGUUGGACUGAGGAAGGGGCAGCAAAAUAGGAGUCGAGAAAUGAAAUGGAUUUAACUUAUUGUGUGUCGUAACAUUAUACAAGCAUCUAUACUCUUUUACAAUGAGUAUAGAUAUUUAACUUAUUUUAUAAUAAUAAUAAUUUAGAACAUUUAAUAUUAUAAUAUCAAUAUA